UAGUAGGGUUCUCUUGCUACCAACAAUCCAUUGGGUUAUACUUGCAGAUAGAAGAUAGAAGUUAAAAGUCGCACUUUCUGUUGAUACCUCAACAACAACUGCAGCAGAAAUCCGUUGAUGCGUUACACGAAUUAAAAGUAAAAUCGUUGAAGUGCAGUAGUUUCCUGCAUUUCGUUGCAAUGGAUUUAUGUGAAAUCUUCGGAUCAUCAUGAUGACCUUCGACACUUCGCAGCUUCGCAUUGAGUGAAUGUAAAUGGAAAUUGUUGACGGUGACUCGAGAUGGCGCUGCUGGAAAACAUAUCCGAGGAGCCGGAAGUGAUCUACGAACUGAUCAUAACGAUAAUAAACGUGCUCAGUAUAAUAGUGAACAUCCUUCUGAUAGUGCUGAUAGUGCGUUCAAGAUCGAUGCGCACAAAGACGAACAUGUACAUCCUAAACGUGUGCGCAGCCGAUCUUCUAACCCUUUUAGUCCUCUUGCUAUACUACCUAGACAAACGCAUCGUGCGUUACACCUACAAAUCAGUCAACUACCCUCACAUCCAAUGCAUCUUGAGCAACUUAGAGAUAUCCCUUCAAAUCAUAACGACAACAUUCGUGAUCAUCAUGAUGACCAACUGCAUGUACAACUCGAAAUGCAUCUCACAAGGUAUAGUCCUUGUCCUCAUGUGGAAUCUGAUCGCUGUUGCUUUCUACGUGAACAUUCAGUACUGCAGGGAUGAGCUGACGCUCAUCCAAGGAGCCGUCUACGCUGUUUUCAUCACCUGCCUUUUGCUCAUCCUCUGCGCCAAGUAUUACCUUCGCUGCAAGAACCGCGGUGAUAUCAGUAGAGACGGCGCAUUUCGCCUCAACUUUGGCACAAUCUUCGUUUGUCUCUGCCUAUUCAGUUGGGUGGUGAACAUCAUAGCAGAGUUCACCUUCACAAGCGAAUCAAUCUUCAAGCACUUCAUCUUAGCGUUCGGGACUUCGGUUAAAGUUGGAAAGAACAUCGCGCUCGGAUUCUAUCUGCUCAAGUACAACGAGAUGUUCAAGGAUAGCUUCUUGGGACUCUUCAAUUGCAGGAUAGUCAGGAUCAACGAGUCCGUCAAUUACUCCACUGACAGGACGUCAGUUGACAUUAGCAUCAGCACCGAUAAAAUAUGAUCAACACCACAAACGUAAAGAAACAAAGAAAAUACAACAACAAAAAUAUGGAAACGAAGCUUUAAAUUAACUCUUAAGUCAAACGGGGAAUGUGUACAUACAUCUUGAUUUCGGCCGAAACAAGUUCCACGUCAUCUAAUUUAGUUAUCAUUUUAGUUAUUAUUAUUACUAGUUACCAUAG